ACUCUCAAGUCACAUCAUGGCCGCCAAGCCGACUGUUGCCGACUACCGCGCCAUUGCGCGUGGUUUCCCCUCUUUUAACACCCGUGAGGUCAACGACCUCAUCCGCCAGUUCCAGCUGUUCGAUGACGACGGCAAUGGAUCGAUCGACACCAACGAGCUCCGUCAGGUGAUGGUCAACAUGGAGAUGGAUGUGGAUGAGAAGCAGCUGCAGGAGAUCAUUGCCGAGGUGGACGAGGACAACUCGGGGACGAUCGAGUUUGCCGAGUUUAUGGUGCUGAUGAAGAACGCCAAGACGUCCGGGUCGAAGAUGGCUGCGGUGGUGGAGAAGGCCGGAGACAUGUACAAGGUGCAGGGUGCAACCGACUCGUCGGCACACUCGUUCUCGGAGGAGGAGAAGACCUCGUUCUCUGACUACAUCAACAUGGCGCUGGCGCACGACUCGGACCUCGCGCACCUGCUCCCGAUCGACGCGGCGUCGAUGGACCUGUUCGAGGUGGUCAAGGAUGGCAUUUUGCUGUGCAAGCUGAUCAACGAGGCCGUGCCCGGGACGAUUGACGAGCGCGCCAUCAACAAGAAGCCCAAGAACGCGUUCUCGCGGGCAGAAAACCUCAACAUGGCGGUGGCGUCUGCGGCAGCCAUCGGCGUCAACGUGGUCAACCUCGGGCAGGACGACCUGACCUCGGGCAAGCACCACAUUGUGCUCGGUCUCAUCUGGCAGCUCAUCCGGAUUGGGCUCAUGCGCGCGAUUAACCUCGAGGCGCACCCCGAGCUGUACCGGCUGCUCGAGGAGGGCGAGUCGAUCGAGGACCUCAUGCGGCUGCCUGCCGACCAGAUUCUUCUUCGGUGGCUCAACUACCAUCUGGCGGCUGCCGGCUCGCCGCGUCGGGCGACCAACUUUGGCAAGGACCUGUCUGACUCGGAGAUCCUGACUACGGUGCUUGCGCAGGUCGGCCCGCCGUGUGACAUGUCGCCGAUGAACGAGAGUGACAAGCUCCGCCGCGCCGACGCCAUGCUUGCCGAGGCCGACAAGAUCGAGUGCCGCAAGUUUGUGACGCCCAACGACGUGACGUCGGGCAACUCGAAGCUCAACCUGCUGUUUGUGGCGAACCUGUUCAACACUCACCCCGGCCUCGCCGAGCUCACCGAGGAGGAGGCGCAGGAGAUCGACAUGGACUUUGACCUCGAGGGUGACCGCGAGGCUCGCGUCUUUGCGCUCUACCUCUCCUCGCUUGGCGUCCCUGUCACUAACCUGUACGAGGACCUUCGCGACGGCCUCGCCCUGCUCAAGGCCUUUGAUGCCGUCGAGCCAGGCAUCGUCAACUGGAAGAAGGUGGCCACCAAGGUGCCCAUCCGCCGCUUCUCGGCCAUCGCCAACUGCAACUACGCUGUUGUUCUCGGCAAGUCGCUUCACUUUUCUCUUGUCGGCGUCUCGGGCGACAACAUCAACGAGGGCGACCGCACCCGCACCCUCGCCGUCGUCUGGCAGCUCUGCCGCUUCCACCUGCUCAAGGUUCUCCGUGAGCUCGGCGGCGGCGCCAAGAUCGAGGACGCCGACAUGAUCAAGUGGGCCAACGAUACCGUCGGCGGCGUCUCGACCAUGCGCGACUUCCGCGACAAGUCGCUCUCCAACGCCGUCUUCUUCCUCGACCUCAUCAACGCCAUCAAGCCCGGCAUCGUCGAGGCCGAGUACGUCAUCCGCGACGCCUCGUCCGAGGAGGACAAGACCAACAAUGCACGCUACGCCAUCGCCCUUGCCCGUAAGCUCGGUGCCCUCAUCUUCCUCCUUCCCGAGGACGUCGUCGAGGUCCGCCCCAAGCUCAUCCUCACCCUCGUCGGUACUCUCAUGCAGGUUGCCAAGCGCGGCUCUGCCGGCCCGUCGGCCUAACUGGUCGGCUUCACCCAUCGUCGCCCCUCCUCCCCUGUCCUGCCGGCUUUGCUCUGACUGGCACCUGGACCUAUCAUCGUGGUAAAACCAACCAACCGUCCCAC